AUAACACCUUCCGGAGUCAAUCAGUGCUUCAGUAUUGUAAAAGAGAGACUUUGGCAAAAUUAGUGCGGUGAUUGGGGUCUGGUUUCAGGAAAACAAACAAUUGAAAGUGUUUAGCCACAUACAUGUACAUGUAUUUCGUCCACUGAAACGUAUGUAGCAAAGCCCUUGCAUGUAUCGCACUUUGUGGAAAUUAUCGUGAGCAGAAGGAGAGUAAGGGUUGCAACAGGCUCUAAGUUUGGAACAUAUUGGUCAUAACAUUUCAAAAGUUGGCAAGGUUCAAGUUCCCCACUCUUUUGGCGCUUGGUAACUUUAUCGAGAAGGUGGGAAUGUCUGCUGCCAGUUCUGAGACAGAAUUUCAGGAACCCAUUGCGUCGUCAGCCCUUUUACCGAAAAGAAGUCAGAGUUCUUCACCUGCUAAUUCUUCUUCGUCACAGGAGGCCCAAGUUUCAAGAACGAGCGGAUCGACCAUGCUAGAAAGGACAGACCACCUUGCAGAGUCGACAAGAACCAUGUCCGACGAAACUUCGGACAUCAUGGAAGUGGAGACCGAUACGCAGGAAAAGAUGGGAGUCCAGCUACAGCAGGAGGAACUGACGGUGCAAAACGAGGUACCGCAGUCAGCGUCGAGCCUCAACGAAGGUACUGAAGCAGCAGCAUCGCCGCCUACAUCCUAUGUACAUCGGUUUGGGAAGAGGAAGAUGUUCAAGAGACGCAAGGGAGUCCAUCAGUUGAUUACUGGAUUCGAUAAGCUGAGGUCCAAACUAACGUCCUACGCACCAGAGAGACACCUAAGUAAGAUCGACACAUUGAGAAUGGCAAGUUCCUACAUCAAGGACUUGCAAGCAGUCUUGAAAGAAGAUGAGGAGCGUGAGAUGGUUGCUCAACGUGCUGCAGCAAGUGCAACAUGUCAGGGAUGCUGUUUACACCAGAGGUGCCCCAGGGUCAGACCAGCAACAGAGCAACGAUCAUUCUACAGCCUGGAAGAUGAGCUGGAUUUGUCAUGGUUGUAUGGUGCAGACAGUCCAUCUCUGACCAUGCCCCUGACUAGCCGUCAUAGCUCAUGCCCGUCAUUCUCUACCUUACCGCACCAGACCUUACAGCGUUCACCCAGUCUUGACCUGUCCGUCUUCUCGCCAUUAACACUACCAUACCAGUCGCAAAUGUUCGGUACGUCUGAAGCAGCGCCGACUGAUUUGCCUUUCACCUCCACUCAAGGUUUGUUUGACAGUGUUUUACCAGCACCAGCAGCAGUAUGUGCUGGAUUUCCAGCAGAAGAAUUUAGACUAUCUGAGUUCUUUGAUCAUUGCCUUCAGGAAUCCAAGGGUAAAUCAACAAGACAAGGACCUACCAGUGGCACUGUCAGGGCCGGUCGGAGCAGCUUGAAAGAGUGCCUUAUGCACCAGAAUGCAGAGCAGUAUACACGAAUACACGAAUCCAGUGGCACUGUUCACACGACGGAACAACGAGAAUUGAGUGCUUCGGCAGUGGGAACUGACUUCCCGCCUGCAGUUCUUCCAGCAACACAUCAUACACAUGCAUCGGCUGUGGACACACUGCAAAGUUCUAGAGCCGCACGACUCUCUUCACUGUCAUCUUCCUCACUUGUUUCACUGGCGUCACCUGCAUUGGUUGUGCCUGAGCCCGUAGAAAUGGCAACACAGCAUUCUCUAGUGCAGUGCUACCCGCCAACAACAGCUUCCAUUUCAUCACCACUUGGUUUAUCUAGCCUAUCUUUGGCUACUGCCGUGGAAUCACCACCAGUUGCCGGAGAAGACAGCUACUAUUCUUCAGGUCAAGAAGAGUUUGAGCUAAUCCAGAUCAUGGAGGAGAUGCUGAGCGAAGAAGAUUAGAUAACUGGUUAGACGACCAUGGCAGGCAGAGAAGGUUCAUCAUGCCCUGACAGUGGAGGGUUUGCGGUAGUGUAAAAUAGCAUCCUUACGCAUCAGUUGGCGGUAGGUUGAAUGAGCAAAAUCAGGUCAUCGACUGAACCAAACACUUCACUCACGGUGCAUGCAUGAUACAGCCGCUCUAGAAUUAUUAUCCAUAGGAUUUUUCAAUUUUUCCAAUUUCACCAGAUACACAAGGUGCUGGAGUGGGAGUGAAGGAAGCAGAAAUCAUGCUCUCAAUUAGAUAUUUUUUUAAGUUUUCGAAUUCCCUAUUUUUCAUGUACCUGAAUUCAUGCACACAACAGAACUAUGAGGUUGAUACUAUUAUUUGACAUAGCAGCAAUGUCACACUUCCCUAUGCUGCGCCAGUGUAGGACUUACACAUAUGGCCUAGAAACAUUCUUCUACUUGAUAGAGCAAGCUAUAUUAUAGCUUGCUCUCUACUGCUCUUAGGAAAUUAAGGAUUUACUUUGCUUCUAUGAGAGCUUACCACCCAGGCUGGUUGAAUCUACUUUGAAGUAGCAGCAAAGCACUACAUACAGUUUUGAAAGGAGAUUAGUAGCAGAUUACUAACAAACUGGACUCAAGAUGAGGCCUCGUUGUAGUUGA